AUGAUGUCCACUAGCCACGCGGUGAAGUCGCCGGCGUGCGCGGCUCGGUGGCCCGUGGACGCGCCGACCCACACGGCGACGCUCUCGGCCAGGCACGGGAGGCUGUGGCGAGGAGGCCGCGGCGUGGCGCCGUGCUCCGUGCGCGCCGCGGGCUCCUCCAACACCAUUGGCUGCCUCGAGGCCGAGCCGUGGGGCGCCGCCGCGCCCGCGCCGGCACUGCCGCUGCGAGGACUCCAUGUGGCGGCGCCGGCGCCCGGGGACGACGCGCUGGCCGUGCCGUCCGAGCAGAGGGUGCACGAUGUCGUGCUCAAGCAGGCGGCGCUCGCGGCCGCGGCGCCGAGGACGGCGCGGAUCGAGCCCGUGCCCAUGGACGGCGGGCUCAAGGCGGCCUUCCACCGCUGCGGGGAGGUCUGCCAGGAGUACGCCAAGACAUUCUACCUGGCGACGCAGCUGAUGACGCCGGAGCGGAGGAGGGCAAUCUGGGCAAUAUACGUGUGGUGCAGGAGAACGGACGAGCUGGUUGACGGGCCCAACGCGUCCCACAUCUCGGCGGUGGCGCUGGACCGGUGGGAGUCGCGGCUGGAGGACAUCUUCGCCGGCCGCCCGUACGACAUGCUCGACGCCGCCCUGUCCGACACCGUCGCCAACUUCCCCGUCGACAUACAGCCGUUCAGGGACAUGAUCGAGGGGAUGCGCAUGGACCUGAAGAAGUCCCGGUACCGGAGCUUCGACGAGCUGUACCUCUACUGCUACUACGUGGCCGGCACCGUGGGGCUGAUGAGCGUCCCGGUGAUGGGCAUCUCGCCGGACUCGAGGGCGGCCACCGAGACGGUCUACAAGGGGGCGCUGGCGCUGGGCCUGGCCAACCAGCUCACCAACAUCCUCAGGGACGUCGGCGAGGAGUACGUCAUCUCCAAUCGCCAGAAGGGAAGGAUCUAUCUCCCACAGGACGAACUGGAGAUGGCGGGGCUCUCCGACGCCGACAUCUUGGACGGCCGCGUCACCGACGAGUGGCGAAGCUUCAUGAGGGGCCAGAUCACCAGGGCCAGAGCCUUCUUCAGGCAGGCCGAGGAAGGCGCCACCGAGCUCAAUCAGGAGAGCCGAUGGCCGGUGUGGGCUUCUCUGCUCCUGUACCAGCAAAUCCUCGACGAGAUCGAGGCGAACGACUACAACAACUUCACCAGGAGGGCCUACGUUCCAAAGACGAAGAAGCUGAUGGCGCUGCCCAAGGCGUACCUGAUAUCACUGGUGCAGGCUGAGAGACAGAGACACUACUCCAGCCUAACAUAG